AUGGUAUCAGAUGACCAAUUUUUAAAUUCAAAUCCGGAUGAUAAACAGAUUCUUGCAAAAUUACAAGAUAUAUCUGAAGAGAUUAAAGUUUUGGACAAAAAUGAUUAUGGCGCAAGGAAGUUAGAUCUCACUGACUCUCUAGUGAUUUUUUUUACAACUAUUGCACUUUUAUUGAUAGUAUCUGCAAUAAUUAUUAGUCAAGACAAGCCAGCUAUAAUCUUUACUCCUACAACUAUUGAAAUUAUCAAAUAUCCAAGAAAUAAAAAUGAAACAAUAUCAACUCAAGAA